CCUGCUUUGCGUGGCAGUUGAAGAUCUUUAAUGUGUCACUGCAGAGGUGACGUGAAGGUUUUGUUAUUGUCUGGUGUGGAGGCUUAUAACUCUACUCUAAACAGAGGAUGUUCUACCUCUUCAUCUUUGUCUGAAAGUGUGUGAUAAGCUCAUCUGCUACUGAGAAAGUGAAGAACCUGACAGGCACUGAGGGAGGAUCCAUCACUCUACCUGACCCUGUGGUGAAGCAGGGAUUUCUCCUCUUUGGAGGAAAGAAUGUUGCUAUGGUGAUUAACGGGAAUUCCAUGAUAUAUGAGGGAACUUUGAAGGACAAAGUUCUGUGGGACAAAAGCACUGGACUGUUUACAAUCACAGGACUGCAGAGGAACGACUCAGGGAUUUAUGUUAUUGACUCUAAAACAGGAAGAGUGUUCACUACAACCUAUCAACUCACAGUGUAUGAACCCGUCCCUCCUCCUGCAGUGAAGUCAGUGAGUGUGAGCACUGAGAGCUGCAUCCUGCUGUGUUGGGUGGAGAAAGCUGAAGGGACGACACUGCUGUGGUACAAAGACGAGGAAAUAGUGAACCAGAGCAGCUCCGCUCUCUCUCUGCCUCUCACUGUACUCAAGCAGGAUUUCAACUCCUCUUACAGAUGUGUGUCUGCCAACCCUGCUGAAAAUAAGACUGCUCCAGUCAAUGUUAGCACAACCUGCAGUGGACAGAUCAGCACAAGUAGCAGCAACAGACAGUGCUGGUGGUGGGUCCGGAUUCUUGUGGUUGUGUUUGUGGGUCCUGUUGUUGUUUACAUCAUUUUUACAAACGUGAAGAAAGAAAGAGAGACAAAGAGAGAGAGAGACAGACAGAGAGAGAGACGGCUGCUCCAUCCACUCUACACUGAGGUCCCAGUGAAACCACUGUAUGCCACCUGCCCUGCACCAAACCAAUAAAUGAUAAAGUUAGCAAAUAGCUGGUUAAGACCAGCUAAAGCAACUGAUCAGAAACAGAGCAGGAAAUGAAUGCAGAUGUUGCUUUGUGUGUACUCAAUGUGUAAAUUCACAAUGUAAGCUUUUCAAACAUCUACAGUGUAACUUAUAAUGCUGUUGGCCUGCUGGGACAAGGCAAAGGGAGUUCAAUUAAACAAUAAACAAUGGUAAAAUAAAAACUACAAAAAUGUCAAAGAAGUAAUUUAACUACCUGAAUCUCUGUAUGAAUAUGAAUGUAGUUGAACUACCAGCAAGCUACUGCAAUAUGGAGUUAAACUACUUGUUUAUUUACAUGUAGUUCACUCCUCCCCAACACUGCUCAUGUAGGCUACUGUAGUUUCAAUAUUUGAGGUACUUUACUUACAUACAAAAAGAUUAAGACAGCAACUAUUUCCUUUCAUUUGGUCCAUGAAAUGUCAGAAAAAAGUAAAAAAAAAAAAGAUUUCCAAAAGUCGCCAUAUUCAUAUUGUUUUAUAUACUUACCCUACUAUUUCAUGACAAAAUGGCUGCUGUGAAAAACUUCUAUUGUCUGACAAAAAGUCCAAACAAAUAUAUAGCUCAUCACAGACCAAGAAAACCUCACAGUAAAUCCUCACAUUGGAGAAACUAGAACUUAAAUGAUGAAUUGAAUAUCAGUUGACAGUUGUCAUUUAAUUUUUUUGUCGAUGAACUAAUCAAUCAAUCAGUCGGUUAAUAGUUGCAGCUUUUACAUAUAAGUUUUUAAGAUACAAAGUUGUUAGUAGUUCCACAGUAGGCCUAUAUCUCAGCAUCUGGUUCACUUCUGUACCCACUUUCUGUACAGUUUUCUUAUCUUUAUUUAUUUAUAUUUUAAAAGUACUUUAUUCUUGUGGGAUUUUUGAGUGAUUUGUAUAUUUUAUGCACCAAUGCACCAAGACAAAUUAAAUUAAAAACCUACCUGGCAAUAAACCUAAUUCUGAUUCUGAAGAAAAGUAAAUGCUGAUAGAACAAUGGCCAAACAUCAGGGACAAGGAAACACAGUGUGUCAAAACAUAAUAUAGAGUAUAUAGUAUAAAAAGUCAGAAUCACUAAUUUUACACAAACUAGCUGUUACUGAGCUCACUGUUUGGGUUCAUUGUACAGUUUUGAAUAGAACAUGAAAUAUCCAUAAAAUAUGUCACUGAGUAAAUUUACUAAAGAAUAUAAAAGGGCUCCUUUAAGGAAAGGUUGGGAACCACGGUUUUAUGUCACAGGGAUGUUCAGUUACACCGACUAUGGCUCCUGCUCUCCUUAAGUUGACUAAACUGUCCAUCUUACAAUAAAACACACACGAGAGACGACAGGUUCAGCAAUUUCAUUUCUCUCUUCUCUUGAGCAGAGCACUGUUAGGCCCGGAGGUUCAAUUCAUGCUGUUUAAUGACAAAAUUACAAUGUAACAGAAAUACUGACCAUAUCAGAUUUUUCAAUCAUUUAUUCAUUUAUCCCCAAAAAGUGUACUGAAUAUAUCAGCUUACACAACACCAAGGGUCAGGUGAAACAUCUUCUUCUAAAAGGAGUUCACUGCUUUUCAAGCUAGACUCUCACAACUCAAGAAAAUAACAAAAAGCUUCUAGAAAAUUGCAUAGAGAGAUAAAGUGUGCAGAAAAUAUAUUUUAACAGUCCAAAUAAUAUUGACAAAG